AUGUCAGUAGAUCCUAACACUAGUGUCAACCAAUACAGGUCAGUAGAUCCUUACACUCAUGUCAACCAAUACAUGUCAGUAGAUCCUUACACUCUUGUUAAGCAAUACAGGUCAGUAGAUCCUUACACUCAUGUCAACCAAUAUAGGUCAAUAGAUCCUUACACUCAUGUCAACCAAUACAGGUUAGUCGAUCCUUACACUCAUGUCAACCAAUACAGGUUAGUCGAUCCUUACACUCAUGUCAACCAAUACAGGUCAGAAGACCCUUACACUAAUGUCACCCAAUACAGGUCAGUAGAUAUUAACACUAGUGUCAACCAAUACAGGUCAGUAGAUCCUUACACUCAUGUCAACCAAUACAGGUCAGUAGAUCCUUACACUCGUGUCAACCAAUACAGGUCAGUGGAUACUUACACUCAUGUCAACCAAUACAUGUCAGUAGAUCCUUACACUGGUGUCAACCAAUACAGGUCAGUGGAUACUUACACUCAUGUCAACCAAUACAGGUCAGUAGAUCCUUACACUCAUGUCAACAAAUACAGGUCAGUAGAUCCUUACACUCGUGUCAACCAAUACAGGUCAGUAGAUCCUUACACUGGUGUCAACCAAUACAGGUCAGUAGAUCCUUACGCUGGUGUCAACCAAUACAGGUCAGAAGACCCUUACACUAAUGUCAACCAAUACAGGUCAGUAGAUCCUUACACUAGUGUCAACCAAUACAGGUCAGUAGAUCCUAACACUAGUGUCAACCAAUACAGGUCAGUAGAUCCUUACACUGGUGUCAACCAAUACAGGUCAGUAGAUCCUUACGCUGGUGUCAACCAAUACAGGUCAGAAGACCCUUACACUAAUGUCAACCAAUACAGGUCAGUAGAUCCUUACACUAGUGUCAACCAAUACAGGUCAGUAGAUCCUAACACUAGUGUCAACCAAUACAGGUCAGUAGAUCCUUACACUGGUGUCAACCAAUACAGGUUUAAACUUACACUCAACCAAUACAGGUCAGUAGAUUCUUACACUCAUGUCAAUCAAUACAGGUCAAUAUGGUCUUACACUCGUGUCAACCAAUACAGGUCAAUAUAUCCUUUCACUCGUGUCAACCGAUACAGGUCAGUAGAUCCUUACACUGGUGUCAACCAAUACAGGUCAGUAGAUCCUUACACUGGUGUCAACCAAUACAGGUCAGUAGAUCCUUACACUCAUGUCAACCAAUACAUGUCAGUAGAUCCUUACACUCAUGUCAACCAAUACAGGUCAGUAGAUCCUUACACUGGUGUCAACCAAUACAGGUCAGUAGAUCCAUACACUCUUGUCAACCAAUACAGGUCAGUAGAUCCUUACACUCAUGUCAACCAAUACAGAUGA